AUCAUCAACAACAACAACAACAAAACGAAAUGGGACACGCUAAUAGCAAGAAGCUAUCGAAGGACGAUUUAGCAUUCCUCAUCGAUAACACGGAAUUUUCAAAGGAGCAGAUAAAAGCAUGGUACAAAGGGUUUAUGAAAGACUGUCCAGAUGGUCAACUAACGCGGGAAAAGUUUCUGGAAGUUUAUUCGAGUUUUUUUCCACAGGGCGAGGCCAAUAAAUUCUGUGAACACGUUUUUCGUACCUUCGACUCGGAUAACAGCGGGAAAAUCGAUUUUAAGGAAUUCUUACAAGCGAUCAACAUAACUUCAUCCGGCAGACCGGAGCAGAAGUUGGAGUGGGCAUUCAACAUGUAUGACGUUAAUGGGGAUGGCACCAUCGAACCCCACGAGAUGGCCGAAAUUAUAGGGGCCAUAUUCAGGAUGGUGGGUCACUCGCUGUCCGAUGCCAGCUCGUUCGACUCGGCCGAGAGUCGGACGAAGGAGAUCUUCGACAAAAUGGAUGUUAAUCACGAUGGGGUCCUAUCGAAGGAUGAGUUUAUCCGGGGUUGCAUGGCAGACGAGUUCCUAUAUCAAAUGUUGACAGCUUCACAAACUGGCUGACCUCUUUUUGACCUAGUUACAUAAUUAUUCAUUGACCUAUUUAAAAUAAUUAUUCAUUCACUCAGUCAUUCCAGUCAUUCAUUCCUGUUUGCUAUUGUUUUUCAUUUUGUUUGACCCAUUUACUUGUUUAGUUAUGAAUUUUUAAUGACCUAAUUGCAUAAUUAUAAAAUAUCGACAGCAUCACAAAACGGGCUGGCCUCUUCUUGACCUAGUUACAUAAUUAUUAUCAAAUUUAUUCACUCACUCAUUCAUUCAUUCAUUCAUUUAUUCAUUCAUUCACUCAUUCAUUCCACUUCUUAUCUCCUAUUGGCCAAUAUUUUAUUCUUCUUUUUUUAAUGUUAUCAGAUCCAUUGUCAUGUAGACGAAGAGUUAUAUAAACGACUUAUUGCAUGCAUUAUUAUUAUCUUAUUAUUAUUAUUAUUUUAUUAUUAUUAUUAUUACUUUAUUAUUAUUAUUAUUAUUAUUAUUAUUAUUAUUAUUAUUAUUUUAUUAUUAAUUAAUUACUUCACUACUUGUCUGCCAGACGAGCAUAUUAAUGCGUUCAUCCUUAAGAAGUUUGUCCAUUAAAUGUAAGAUUUAAAAAAAAUUUUUAGUUAAUGAAAGGUUAAAGGUUAAAGGUCAUUCUCUUUUCUGCGCCACACAAAUGACAGGUAACAGGCGGGCGGGGAUCACCUUGCGGUCGAAUGCGGUCACUGCAAUAGCAGAAGCUGGCGCCUUUGAACAUUAGGCCACCACACAAUCAAUUGUUUUACUUUUAUCAUUAAUUUUAAUUAAUUUAAUUAAAAUGUUGCCCUAUAAUGUAAUUAUUUAAUGUGAUAAUCAGAUGAUUAGGCAAUCAGGACGGUGUGAGAGUAGUGUAGAGGUGCUUGGUCUUAUGUUGCAGUGACCUGUUUCGAAUGCAGAGUAAUCCUUGUCCACUCUACGCUAUGCUAAGAGUAUGAUGAAACGUUACAUUACAUGUGAGUUGUUUUGUGUUUGUAAAACACGUUCG